AUGGUUCAUUCUAAGAGUUUCUUCGGCUUCUCUCGUUCUCACUCUACCAACCAACAUCAGAAGCAGAAGUCUUCCUCGUCUUCCUCUAAGACUUCCUCGAAAUCUUCUUCUCCUUCCAAAUCCCAUUCUCGAUCCUCCUCCUCUCCAUCCCUCCCUGCCUUUGCUGCGCGCCCGCGUAAUUCCCAUCGGCGCUCCCACGAUCCCGACUCCCACCCGCUCAAUCUUCCGCCCGACGAGCUUCGUCGCCUGUCAGCCAUGGCCGCUGCCGCUGCUGAUCCCCGCAGCUCGAUGGAUAUCGACAGCAAUGAUCCCCGUCUGACAACGCCCUCCGAACCACAGCCAAACGGCGAACAGUUUCACCAGAGUCCGACCCCGCCACCGCAUCGCUCCACCGGUAACACAGACGAGGCUGAUUCUUUCAAACUGGCUGGGAACAAAUUCUUCAAAGACGGGAACUACAACAGAGCGAUCGAAGAGUUCACUAAGGCCAUUGAACUGAACCCUAAUAACUCCAUCUACCGAUCGAACCGCGCUGCGGCGAACUUAGCCGCUCAUAAUUACUUGGAUGCACUUGAGGAUGCCGAACGAGCGGACGAGCUGGAUCCCGGCAACAACAAAAUUCUGCACAGGCUAAGCCGUACCUUGACUGCUCUAGGUCGCCCGGCCGAGGCUCUAGAGGUUCUCGAACGUAUGCAACCUCCGGCUUCAGCAGCAGACCGACAAAAUGCAGAGAAGAUGCUCCGCUUCAUCAACCAGGCGAAGGAGACGUUGGCCGAAAACCGUGGUGCGUCGAUGGCGGUGUUCUGCAUUGAUCAGGCGCGGCAACUCCUUGGACCAGGCGUGAAAGAGCCUCGUGCCUGGACUCUUUUGACGGCGGAGGCGCAACUGAAGAUGGCUACCGGUAACUCCUUUGGAAAGGCCCAAGACAUUGCCAUCAACAUGCUUCGAGACAACAACCAGGACCCUGAUGCCCUUUUGAUCCGUGCGAAAGCUUACUACGGCUUGGGCGAGACGGACCAAGCGCUCAAGUCGCUCAAAAUGUGUAUUGGACUGGAUCCCGAUCACAGAGAAGCCAUCAAACUUCUCCGCAUGCUACAGAAGCUUACCCGAACGAAGGAAGAAGGCAACAAUGCUUUCAAGGCUAAGGACUACCGCAAGGCAAUUGAACUGUAUACAGAAGCCCUCAGCGUGGAUGAGACGAACAAGGACGUGAACGCCAAGAUCCUCCAGAACCGUGCCCAGGCAUAUAUCAACCUUAAAGAAUAUGAUGAGGCGAUCAAGGACUGCACUGAGGCUUUACGGCUCGACCCCACAUACAUUAAGGCGCAGAAGAUGCGCGCCAAGGCUCAUGGUGGUGCGGGGAACUGGCAGGAGGCUGUUUCAGACUACAAGGCUGUUGCUGAGGCUAACCCCGGCGAGAAGGGAAUCCGGGAGGACAUUCGCCGUGCUGAAUUCGAGCUAAAGAAGGCGCAACGAAAAGACUACUACAAGAUCCUGGGUGUCUCCAAAGAUGCGACGGAAACGGACCUCAAGAAGGCCUACCGCAAACUAGCCAUCAAGUACCAUCCGGAUAAGAACCGUGAAGGCGAAGCUGGUGAUGAGAAGUUCAAGGAGAUUGGCGAAGCUUAUGAAACUCUCAUCGAUCCUCAGAAACGCGCUGCCUACGAUAACGGCGAUGACUUACUGGACCCCGCAGACAUGUUCGGCGGCGGCGGAUUCGGCAUGGGAGGCAUGGGAGGAAUGGGUGGAAUGGGCGGUAUGGGCGGUAUGGGCGGCACUCAUAUCAACAUCGAUCCCAGCGUCCUUUUCAACAUGAUGAACGGGGGUGGCGGAUUCGCUUCUGCUGGUGGCAACCCAUUUGGGGGCGGGCAAGCGCGCGGAUUUCCCGGCGGAUUCCCGUUCUAG